ACAAUAUAUGAGUUUUUCAAAUAACGCAAUAAAUACAAAUUGAGUUUACGUCAAUUGAUUAGAAAUUAAGAAACGUAAAUUACGUUCACCCAAUGAUUUAUAUUUUGAGAGCUUCCCUAUAAGAUAGUUGCUUUUAUCAGACCAUAUGAUUGCUGGCCCCUUGAACUUUUAAAACUCUCGGCAGCCUAAAGAAGCGGUUUCGCCCCCUGGAGGCGUGAGCAGCAACGUAACGUUAGUAAACCAGAAAUCCGUCUGUAGCGCGUCAGUCUUCAGGACCUGAACUGGUAAGAUUGACAAGAAAAAUUAAUUGGCAGAAGGAUCCGGGGCGUAGGGAAGAAAGAAGAGGGGAAAGGAAAACGAGACAGAGGGACAGGAUCAGUGGGGACGGUGCACUCAGCAGAAUCUCACCCAGGGCGCCGGAACCCCCAGGGCGCCGGAACCCCCAGCACCGGCCCUGCUGCUCUCAAGGGCCUCCAGUGUAAUAGACGCGUGAAGACAUCACUGGAGACUCCGCCCACCCAGCAUGUGACAUCACUGGAGACACCGCCCACCCAAACCAUAGGCUGUUUCCCCUGCUCCCAUCUGGAAGGAGGUACAGAGCCUUUCGCUUCCACACCAGCAGGCUGAACAGCUUCUUCUUCACUGCUGUCACCUUGCUAAACUCUCAGCACCAGCCAACCCCACCCAUAACCACCCAUUCAUAAGUAUUUAAAUGUAAUGUUUAUUAUAUAUAUAUAUAUAUAUACACACACACACACACACAUACAUACACACACUUGUAGAUGCUGUAUAUAUUUAUUUAUACCACACUUUAGCUUACUUUAUUUAAAAUACUUUAUUUCCUAAAAUUGGAUGUACUUUACUAAAAAAGAGCAUGUUUAAAUUUACCCCAAAAAAGUGGGUGCAAAUUAUUACCUCAUUUUAACUGAGUAAAUUCUGUAGGUUAUUUUUUCAGUGUGUACACCAUAUUUCACUUUCAGAUUAAAUACCAAACUGCAUUUUGUUCUUGGAGUGCUUCUGUUGUGUGCAAUGAAGUUGAAUCUUAUCUAACCUAAAUUUAAUCUGAACAGUUUAACGUGAGACAGCAGAAACGCUUCCCAGAACUCAGCCGCUGUAAAGGCAGCUGUUCGAUGGGUCCCUGCUAAUUUCGACAACCUUAUUCCUGCACCAUCUGAAGUAAACGUCCUGCAGGGGGAGCAGAUCAGCCGUCUUUCAGAGCUUUGUCAUCCAGGGCAGAGCAGCUGCCAAACCAGGCUGAGAUUCACGUGGUCAGGAAUAAAUGCAAUAAAUUAUUUUUUAGGUUGCACAUGGAAGUUGGUUUACUUGGUUGCAGAGUGGAUCUCCUUGUGUGCCCAGGGCCAUGAGUACCUCUCAUAGCAGGCUGGGCCUUGUCUCAGGCCACCUGGAGUCUCAGGCCACCUGGAGUCUCAGGUCAUCUGGAGUCUCAGGCCACCUGGAGUCUCAGAUCAUCUGGAGUCUCAGGCCACCUGAAGUCACAGGCCACCUGGAGUCUCAGGCCACCUGGAGUCUCAGAUCAUCUGGAGUCUCAGGCCACCUGGAGUCUCAGGUCACCUGGAGUCUCAGGCCACCUGGAGUCUCAGGCCACCUGGAGUCUCAGCCCUGUCAUAUGUGUGUGUGUGAUCCUAUAAGAGCUAUACCUGCAUUCUCAGCAUUCUGCCAAACUAAAUUUUCUUUCUGUUUUUUUCCCCCUAAACCAAUCCUGCAUACAGCCUAGCUUAUUAAAGAGACGUUAUUUAAGCAUGUCAGGGACGAGCUUUUCGGGGUACCGCCCUACCUGGUGGAACAGAGGAAGACUUGGGGCCAACAAGAUCAAUGUCCACCCUUUUCUUAUUGAAAUUAUGAAUGAAUUACUGGAUGAUCAGUUGGAGCAAUUCAAGUUGCACCUGAACACACAAGUACAGGAGGGAUUUGAACCAAUUCCAAGCAGUCAGUUAGAAGAAGCAGACCGAACAUGUACAGUUCAAAAAAUGAAAGACAGCUAUGAUACCGAGGGCUCUUUUAAGAUAACUUACGCAAUACUGAAGAAGAUGGACAUGAAAGACCUGUCAAAUAAACUGAAGAAUGUAAUGAACAUUGGCAGGUGUCCUCCAGGGAAGAUCUGCAUUAUCUCUGUGGGAGCGACUUUCGUUUCCUUGACUUGGGAAACACACAAAGACCUGAGGAGCAUCCAACACAGUUACAGCGUGACCUGGAAGGACAGCAGCACCAGCCAGUCCAUCAGCUCAGAUGAGAACCAGGUAUCCGAACACAAUCUGAGUGCAGGAACGGAGUACGUCUUCUCUGUGAGGACUACGCUGAAGGGCACCGAUUUCACGAGUCAACCUGUCAGUAUCAACAUUUGCACAAGUCACAAUAUGAAAGUGCUGCUGUUAGGAAGAACAGGAGUAGGGAAGAGUGCAACUGGGAAUACAAUACUGGGGAAGAAAAAAUUUGCAUCAAAAGCCAGCAAAAACUCUGUAACAAUGAGCUGCGCUAAAGCUAAAGGGGAAGUUGCUGGGAGAAAGAUGUCAGUGGUGGACACUCCAGGCCUGUUUAACACAAAGCUGAGCAAGGAUGAUCUCAUAAAGAAGAUCACAGAGUGCGUUUCCCUGUGUGCUCCUGGGCCUCAUGCAUUCCUGGUGCUGCUGCAGGUGGGCAGAUUCACACAAGAAGAGCAGGAAACACUGAACAUCAUCCAGGAGGUUUUUGGCCCAGAAUCAACUCGAUACACCAUGGUGCUGUUCACACAUGGGGACGUUCUAGAAAAAUCUGUUGAUCAAUAUCUUAGUGGCAAUAAAAGUCUCAAUGAAUUUGUUAAGAAAUGCCAGGGUAGAUAUCAUGUCUUCAACAAUAAAGAUGUAUCGAACCGCACUCAGGUCACAGAUCUGCUGAACAAGAUCGAGGAGAUGAUACGAAAGAAUGGAGGAGGUCAUUACACCAACGAGAUGUUCAUGAAGGCCAAGAAGGGCAGCAAAACAUAUUCAUAUCAUGUUGCCACAAAGGGGGGUGGAAAACAGCCGCAGAAAUGUAGCGACGCUGUCCUGCAGUUCCAGGCUUCACGGAAGCACGUCCGCCCUUUUCUACUGCAAAUCAUGGACGAUUUAGUGGAUGAUGAGCUGAAGCGGUUCAAGUUCCAUCUGAACACACAAGUAAUGGAUGGAUUUCAGCCCAUUCCAGUCAGUCAGCUAGAACGUGCCGACCGGACAGAUACAAUUAAGAAAAUGAAAGACAACUAUGAUACUGAAGGUGCACUUCAGAUCACUCACGCCAUAUUGAAGAAGAUGGACAUGAAUGAUCUGGCUAAAAAACUACAGAAUAUAAUGAAUAUGGCACGCUCUCCACCCAAUAGUCUUAGCAUAAGUUCUCGGGGUACAACAUCUGUCACCCUAACCUGGGACCAGCCGAAGGGGAUGGAGGACAUUUCACACAGUUACAGUGUGACGUGGACGGACAGCAGCUCGAGCCAGAGCCAUUCCAUCAUCACAGAUGAGAACGAGGUUGUCUUGUCCAGCCUGAGACCAGGAACGGAGUACAGCCUCUCUGUGUGCACUAUGCUGAAAGACACCGAUCUCAAGAGUGAACCUGUCACCAUCAAAACCUGCACAAGGCAUGAGCUGAGAAUUGUGCUGUUAGGAAGAACUGGAGUGGGGAAGAGUGCAACUGGAAACACCAUCCUGGGCAGGAAAGAGUUUAAGUCAGAAGUCAGCAACUACUCUGUAACAAUGAGCUGUGCUAAAGCCAGAGGCAAAGUCUGUGGGAGAAAGAUGUCAGUGGUGGACACUCCAGGCCUGUUUAACACGAAGCUGAGCAAGGAUGAUCUCAUAAAGAAGAUCACAGAGUGUGUUUCCCUGUGUGCUCCUGGGCCUCAUGCAUUCCUGGUGCUGCUGCAGGUGGGCAGAUUCACACAAGAAGAGCAGGAAACACUGAACAUCAUCCAGGAGGUUUUUGGCCCAGAAUCAGCUCGAUACACCAUGGUGCUGUUCACACAUGGGGACGUUCUGGGUGACGCUGCUGACCGAUUUCUUAGCGGUGAUAAAAAGCUUAAUGAAUUCAUUAAAAAAUGCCAGGGUGGAUAUCAUGUCUUCAACAAUAAAGAUGUAUGGAAUGUGACUCAGGUCACAGAUCUGCUGGACAAGAUAGAGGAGAUGAUAAAAAAGAAUGGAGGAGGCCAUUACACCAACGAGAUGUUCAUGAAGGCCAAGAAGGGCAGUGGGGAGAAGAACACGGGGGUUCUGGGAGAUAAAGGGGAAGGAAAGAAAGAAAAGCAAAAAACUAUGGAAAGAAAAUCAACUGACCUAGAAGAAAAAAAGAAAAGGGACAAUACUAAAUAGUAACCCAGCAUAAAGCAUCAACAAUCACUAGGAAUAGUAUAUGAUUUUCAGUGAGAAUUAAAUGUUUAUUCAGUCUGCAUAAUAUACGUUUGAGUGUGUCUUUAUAUAACUGUACUAGUAAAUUAGUAAAUUGUCAUAUUACUUCUACAAUACAAUCUUAGCAAGUUGAUCACACCAUAUCCAUGGAAAAAAUUAAGAGAAAAUAGCUCAAUUUUUCAUUUCACUUAUUUCUCUACUUAUAGAUGUGUGUCUGUGAAUAAUAUAUAUAUUUCUGCAAAAGGCAGCGUUGUUAUUCCCUGUUUCUUAUUAAUGAAGGGCUUCUUCUUUGCUUUAUGGGACUUCAGUCCUGCUUCUAGGAGCCUGAUACAAACUGUCCUAGCAGUGCACUUCACACCUGCACUUAAUGUUUCCCAUUCCUUUUGACGGUCAAUUGAUGUCAUCAUUCGAUUCAUGAGAAACUGUCGGAUAAGUUAACAGCCAUCUCUGGCAUUAGAAAGUUGCUUCUGCCCUCUACCUGGCUGGUUUCUGGUGGUUCCCAGUGUCUCCUGCUUCACCUUGUUCUUGUGUCCUGCUGUCUUAGAAACAUUGAAUCUGGAAGCCACCUGCUGCUCAGUGUAGCCUCUGCCAGCAGAACCACGAUUAAACCAGGAUUUAAAAAUGCUGAUUUGUUUAAAAGUAAGCUUAAAAGUGUUCUAAUUUUUUCCACAGCAUAUAUUAGUGCUGAAUGUAUUGGUUUUCACCCAAUGUAUACUGAAUAUGCAGAAUCCAGAUGAAUAGUCAAAUUAGCAACUGUCUGGUUGUAUAAAGAAAGACCUUAAAAUAGUCUUCAACUUAAAUAUUUUCCAAAUUCAUUAAACAUUUUGUACAUUGUAGCUUUUUGUAUAGUUUUUGUUUUCUAGCUAUCGUUUGUUGAUUAUAGAAUUAGCUACUUACACACAUAAGCCUCUUUGUUUAUAUAACAUUCAUCAAAUGUCACAUCACUCUCCUUUGCCAGAUUUUGUGGUUUGUCAGUAAGGAUAAUCUUUUCAGCAAAACCUUACAUUUCACUGGAUAAAGUUGUAUUCUUUUAACAGGGAUUGUCUGUGAGCACACUGAUAAAUUCAUUGUAAGUUGUAUUCUUUUAACAGGGAUUGUCUGUGAGCACACUGAUAAAUUCAUGGUAAGUUGUAUUCUU